UGCAGAAAAGUGGGACUGUGAGGAUAAAAAGAAGUUAAGGUUUGUACAGCUCAACUCAUAGGCCAGAUCACAGCACAAAACCCAAGCUGGAAAAGGAUAGAGCAGAAAGCUUUAUGAACUCAGACAAGUUGAACAUCUUCACCCUCCUGGUGGGGGAGAAAGAACUGGCAGUUGCAUUUAAGGAUAUCUCUUAUAGAAAAUGAGCAACUGAACUGGUGCUAGCAAGACUAUGGGACUUCCUUGCAAGGAGUAUUGGUUGCUGAUCAUUAUUUUUAUCCGCCUGUACCAUACGGCUGGUGCGUGAGGUCUUGUUAACUUAUGACUGAACCAGGUUUAAAUGUAAGGGGAGAGUCUUGAGGGUGGACGCAGGAACAGACAAGAAGAUGAAAAUGUCCAGGCAGAGAUGGUUUGUUGAUGAACUCUGCACUGCAUCUGAGACUUGAAGACCUCUCCAGCCAGAUACCAGCUGUUCAAGUACAUAAGGCAAGAGGAAGGAAUGGAUGAAUUACAAUGAUCUUACACCCAUGACUACAAUUUUACAGUCCUACUGAACCCCAAUGGGAAGCACAGGUCCCGCUUCACCAUCUGCUCAGGGAAUAGAGGGUCGCUAGGUGAACACGGACACAAGCACAGUAGCCGUCACUGGCUAGGUGAGUGCAGAUAAAGAUGCCCAGUGAUGUCCUGAUAUCUACCCAUGAGGAGAGCACAGAGCUUUUGCUGGUAGCCUGCCACUCCCAUCAGCUACCGUGGUCUUUCUAACAUCGAAUAGCAUGUGCCUAGCUGAACUGAUGAAGUCCAGUCUGCAGAGCAGAGAAGACUAUGAUGACAAAUAUUAUGAGAUUAAAGAUAUCCUGGAAGAAAAGCAGAGAAGCCUCAAUUUUGAAGAAAUGAAAGACUGGGGAUCAAAAAAUAUCAUUAAAAUGAACACUCCCGCAGUAAACAAGGUGCCAAAUUCAGUUGCUAACUUACCUCUUAGGUUUGGAAGAAAUUAUCCACAAGAAAGAAGCAUUAAGCCAAUUGCUAAUUUGCCUCUGAGAUUUGGGAGAGCUUUUGGAAAGAGUCCACCUGGACGUGCCCCACAUUUAUCACGCAGGCUUGGGAGAUCUCCAUUUGUUAAAAGUUCCAUUCAAUCGCUUCUAAAUUUGCCACAGAGAUUUGGGAAGUCACUGUCUGUCAAUCUAUCUCAAGAUGUCCAGGAAUCUGAACCAGGUAAAAACUACCUAAGUGUUCAAGCUAUGUAUUAAAUUGCACAUUAAACCGCAGGUUAGCAGGGAUCAAAUACAACAAACCUUCCUCCCGGAAUAUUCCAUGAGCAUUUCAAUGAGAGUCCAAUUUACCAAAAGAAAGAUUUGGAGUUGGGUUGUAUUAAAAAUCAUCAUCACAAUGGCUAGUUGAGAACCCCUUUAUGAAAUGUUUUCUAAUGAGAAGAUGCCAAAUGGUCAAAGCUGAAAAAGUUCUUAGGAGAAGAUUAGGUUUGACAAUACUUUUUGACAUCAGGUAUCAUUUUGAAAAGUUUAAAGCUUUGGGGGAAAAGGUUCAGAAUCAUUAAAACAUUCCAUUUCGAUGUUUUAAAAUAAGCAACAAAAAUUACUCUAAAUGACUUUUCAUUUUCUAAAUUUAUGCUAAUUAGAAUAAAAAAU